AUUGAAUAGAAAACGAAAAGUUGAUUGGCGAACGUGCCUUGCUUAAAUAUAUCAAGACCUCUAGAAGGCCAGAAGCUCAUAAAGCUCGCCUGUGAUAGAAGCCGUUCGUUAUGUCACAGGGCGUACUUGCAAACGCCCCAACCAACUACAAUCGCGUUAAACUCACCCAGAUCUUCAAGCCCUGAAAUCAGUGUGUUCCAAACACCUCAAUAUCGCGGCCCAGGUGUAUCUGUAUCUCGAAGACUUGGUUGAAAAUGAAUCGCAACAGACCAAAAAGGCUCCAGGCACUUCAUGGAAUAGGGGUUGACAAGAUGGGCAAUAUUGCGGACAAGGUCAAGACCAAAACGUCACAGGGUGGUCCUCUCGCCGACAAGCUGCUACGCCUGGAGAAUUUGGACGUCGACAUCCCUCCCGACAGCAUUGUGCAGACCCUGACCUCGGAUGCUGCCACAAACGAUGACGACAACAGCUACCUCCCCUUCCUCGGUCAGAUCGACCUCAGGAAUGCUGUUGCUGAGCAUGUAAGCUCCAUGACCACGGGUGCGAUCCGGUACAAUGGCGAGGCAAACUGCAUCAUUACGGCUGGGGGCUUGAGCGGCAUCCUCAACACCCUGCUGGCCACGGUGGAAGAAGGGGAUGGUGUCCUCAUGACCGAACCCGUGUACGCGGGGCUGCUCAAUCGUGUCCGGCUUGCCGGUGGCAUCCCCCAUUUGGUGCCUUUGCAAUUUAACCCGGGAGAACCAUGGUGCCUGGACAGGGAGAAACUGCGCGAAGUCGUGGAAUCGCCCGACAACAGGAUAACGGCGAUGCUCCUGAUGUCCCCUAGCAUGCCAACCGGGGCUUACCUGGACCGCGAAGAUUGGACGCUCAUCGCAGCGCUCUGUGUCAAGCAUGAUCUGCUGUUGGUAUAUGACGCAGCCAUGGAGCGUCUGCUGUUCGACGACCUGCCGGUCAUUCACCCAGCAUCCUUCCCUGGCAUGGCGAAUCGGACCAUCACCGUGGGCUCGGCUUCGAAAGAGUUGCGCAUGAUCGGAUGGCGCGUAGGCUGGAUCGUUGGUCCUGAGCACAUUAUGCAGGACAUCGGCUUAGUAUCGAUGGCCAACGUGGUUGUCCCUGUGGGUAUUGCGCAGAGAGCGGCAAAGGAGGCGCUUCAGAUGUCCAAGACAACCAUUGUCGACUAUGUCCGUGAACUACAGCUUCGGAGGGAUCUGUGCCUGAAAGAGCUCAGUGGUCUGCCCGUUGGCAAGCCGAGUGGUGGAUGGUCACUGUUACUGCGCGUCGACACGUUGGGUUGGAGAGCCGAUGCCGCUGCAGGAGCACUUCUGGAACAAGGAGCCUGCGUGACCCCAAUGGUCGGUUGGGGUUCCAACGAAGAGGCGCAAUAUAUACGGAUUGUUUUCUCGAAUGAGCCGCAAGAUCGAUUAGCUGGUCUAGGAAGGAUAGUCAGGCAGGCGUUGCUGAAGUGAAGAAGCAGCUCUAUAAUUCAAGGACAGGGUCUACUUCCCGGACAAGAUUGGGAUUUGAUCUGGUGUUGGUC